AUGAGCAGCAGCAGCAGCAGCAGCAGCAGCGCCACGGCUGGCCGCUCCCUGGCCGAGAAAGUGGCCCUGGUGACGGCCUCCACCGAUGGAAUUGGCCUGGCCAUCGCACGCCGGCUGGCCCAAGACGGGGCUCACGUGCUGGUGAGUAGCCGCAAGCAGGCUAACGUGGACCGGACGGUGGCCGAAUUGCAGGCCGAGAAUCUCAGCGUGUCGGGCUUGGUGUGCCACGUGGGGAAGGCUGAAGACCGGCGGCGCCUAGUGGAUGCGGCCAUUGAGCGCUACGGGGGAAUUGAUAUUUUGGUGAGCAAUGCCGCUGUGAACCCUUUCUUCGGAAGUAUUUUGGACGCCUCCGAGGAAGUCUGGGACAAGAUAUUGGAUAUCAACGUAAAGGCAACAGCAUUGCUGGCCUGUCUGGUGGUUCCUCACAUGCAGAAGAGGGGAAGUGGCUCCAUCGUGAUUGUGUCAUCUGUUGCUGGAUAUGUGCCGUUUCCAAGCUUGGGGCCUUACAACGUCAGCAAGACCGCUCUCCUGGGCUUGACCCGCAACCUGGCCAUCGAACUGGCCCCACGCAACAUCCGUGUCAACUGUCUAGCGCCCGGCCUGAUCCGCACGAAAUUCAGCUCACCUUUUUGGCAGGAUGAAAAUGCAGAACAGGUUAUACUGGAAACCAUGCGGAUAAAGAGAAUCGGAGUCCCGUCGGAUUGUUCUGGCAUCGUCUCUUUCCUUUGCUCCGCCGAUGCCGACUAUAUCACCGGGGAGACGGUGGUGGUGGCCGGUGGCACCCUAUCUCGUCUUUGA